AUGAACAACAUCCUAUCAGAGCCGCUGCAGCUUUUCGCUGCCGAAUACUAUGAGGCGGCAGGCUCCGCCGCCGCUGCUGCUGCUGCUGCAGCAAGAGCAGCAGACCCUGCUACCGAGCAGCAGCGAGAGUUCAUUCAAGUCGCAAGCGAGCAUCUGCUUUUGCUGCAGAAGCAAGAGCCCCGUCUGCUGCAGCAGCAGCACCCGCAGCAGCUGCAUCGGCUGCUGACACACAACAACCCGGCGAUCAAGGCCUUGGCUCUGUUCCUGCUGCUUACCAGAUAUUGCGGCCCGACACAGCAGCAGCAGCUGCAGAGCGAGUUGGAGGAGCUGAGCAGCACUUGCGCCCCCGCGGCAUUUCUAGCAGCAGCAGCAGCAGCAGAAAGAGACCCCGCUGCUGCUCUUCGCAUCUGCAGCAACUAUUCCACAGACGAGCUGCGCGCUCUACGGGUGCAGCUGCUGCUGCGGAUACACCGCGACGACUCCGCCAAGGCGGAACUCGACUCUGAGAUUGCUUCAACAGCGUACGAGACGGCGGAGCAGUCCAUUUCUCGAGCUCUGUGCCAGCUCUGGAACGGCGACUGCGCUGCUGCUGGCGCCUCGCUGGCCGACGCCGAGAUUUCCCUCGUGCGCAAAGGGGGGGGCAUUUCGGCAGUGAUGGAAAACGCGCGCGCCGUCUGCGCGAUGCAGCGAGGGGACUUUCAAACAGCAAUUGAGCUGCUGACGAAUUUACUUGCUGUUGCGCCAUGGGAUGAGACAGCGUUGAGCAAUGCAGUUUGCUGCUGGCGGCAUUUGCAAAAAGACAAAACAGCAGAAGAGUUAUCUGAUGCAGCGCCGGCGCCUGCGGGACGCGUUUGCUGCAGAAGCAGCAGCAGACUGUCCGCUGUGAGCCCUUGCUGCUGCUCCAGCUGUUUGCUGCAAUAG